AGUAGCGCGUUAGCUGUUGUGUGAAGCGUUUCGAGCUAAUAAGUGAAUAAUUCAGUUUUAAUAUGGAAUACGCAUUGGUAGAACUGCCAUUAGAAUCCAACAGAAGAGUUAUUAUCAAAACUAAUCGUAUUAACGAUUUUCAUAAUUAUCGUGAAUCAACAAAAAAUAAAAUUUAUCGUUAUCAGAGAGAUGGUAAAGAGAUCAAAUGCACGAUAUUAAAAGUCGCAGCAUUUCACUGAAGUAUUCUCACAUGGAUUAAUUAAUUAUAUUAUUAUUAAAUAAAAUUAAAGCUUACUUCAGAAAGUUUUCAUAUACUAGAAACAAAAAUAAAACGAAAGCAAAGUGAAAAAACAGAGAGCCGACGAAAUCAUUGAAGCUUUUGAACAGACUAAUGAAAUGAAGGAUAUGCUUCUAAAUGGACCAGAUUCGUGUGGCAAAGAUAAAAAUGAAGUCACAAACUCUGUGACCGAAGAUUCAAAGAAAAAUUUAAAUGACAAUAAACAACAAGUGAAUGAUAUAACUCAGAAUAAACAAGACGAAGAAAGAAAAGAAGAGUUUCAACUCGAUGGAGUAGCAACUGUAUUAAAUAACCUGGAAAAGAAGAAUGAUAAUGAAGAAAUAAACAGCGAAUACGAAAUAGAGUUAGACAAAAUAAACGAUUCUGAAUUGAUUGGCGAUUCCGAAGACGAUGCUGAUGGGGUAGAAACAUUGUCGCAAAAUUCGAAUGUACGAAAUAGAAAAAUGACAGAUCCUGAAACAUCAACUCAUUUAGAGCUUAAUAAUAAUAGCAAGGUUCAACCGUCUACGUCAUCGACUCCUCAUCAACCACGAGUUCUAGAUGAUGUGAACGUAGAUAUUAAUGUUAAGAACGGACUUAUAAACCAAUUAUUAGAGACAAAGAAGAAGCAGGAGUCUGAGCUAAAAAGUUGAAAUUCCAA